CAUAAAAUGUAUAAGGUGUAAAAAGCCCUUCUUUUUACUGCUUUAUUGGUUAAAAUAAAUUUCAGUUAAUAUGGUUUAUGCACUCAGUUUGUUCAAGCAUGCAAGAAAUCGGAAGGGAACUAUUGAGUAUGAAGAAAUUGAAGUUGUUUUAUUAAGAGAAACUAGGAACAAGAAUUGCAGUUCAGUAUAAAAAGUCCUAUUGUUUACUGUUAUGGUUGUUAAUGCAAAUUACAGUUAACACUACAAUUUUUUUGAUGGCCUGUAGCUUUUAUGAGUGCAAUAACCAUAUACAAAUAUAAUAAAAGUCCUCUCCCAUGUGAUAGAAUGGGGAAAACUGCAUGAAACUAUUUUAAAAAUUUCUUUUAAUUUUCAACAACAAUUUGUAAAUCUGAACUUAGAUUUAUCUUACACUUGUCCUCUCAAUUAUUAUGUUUUGUUGCUUGAAUACUCAUUCUGAUAAAUCUUAUUGUAUCUUUAUUGUGAAAUGAGUCACGCAUACAUUACCCAUACAUGGCCAAUCACCUUACCCCAUCUUUAGGGCUCUAUCUUUUUACAGCCGUGAUAGGAAUGCCAAGAAAUUUUACUCCUGGUCAGACGACAUACUCAUCGCCUGAACUGGUACAUCUCUCUUCAAACUUCUACACCACAACCAACAAGAGGGCUUUCAGUCAAGACAAAUUAAAUUUUUCUGCGUAUACAUACUGUAUACGUGCUGGUUGUUUUGUCGGCUGUCAGUUUGAACUCGCUACCCAAAGAUACAUACAUGAGUUAACUCUGGAUAAUCAGGGAAGCUGUUAAUGAGUAUAGGGAAAAGUUGUGAGAAAAAGAAGUAUUUUCACAUAUUUGGUUAUUUGUGAAAACUCUGUAAUGUUAAUUUGUCAAAUUUUCUAUUCAAAAGGAGUAGGAAAAAAUAGUUUUUUUACACCUUUUUUUAAAAUAAAAAUCUUACAGUGUUUAGUGAUUCUGUUUUAUUUUGCAGAUGGAGAGUAAUUUAUUGAAUGUACCUAAAUUUUCUUCAAAUGUUUCUAAACUUCUGUGGAACCAGUGUACAAUCUAUAAGGGUAUUUUUAUUGCAUUUGAUGAAGAGAGAGCUAAUACUUAUCUUUACAUCUGUGAUAGUUUAGAUGGGAGUAAAGUUGAACAUUUAAAUUCUUUUGCAAGAAAUGAUUUGGUUCCAGCUCUGUUUGUGGAAGAUGAAUUGAUAUCUUUGACUCCAACUGGUAAAACAUCUGCUAUGCCCGUACCUGGACAUCAUUUGGAUGCAUAUCAUAAUGGCCAUGAUCCAAUCCAAGUAAGCAAUGUUCUAGAUUUAUGA